CUCAUACACACCUCCCUCUGCCCGCCGCUGGCACAUCUCCUUGGACAACGUGUCCAUCCUUUCAUUUUUUCCUCGUUCAGCGGCCACAUGUUCAACUCUUCAUUGCGCCGAGUGGCGCGGACAUGCUCGAGUGGCUCAACAGUGCCUUCGCGCCCAACGCAGCCAUCGAUAGCAACCUUCAGCUCUCACGCUCAUCAACGGCGGCACUCAUCUUCCAAGCCGCCCUCCCCUCCCAACAAUGGCUCCUCGGCUCUCCCAGCAGCAUCCGUCAAGCAAGUGGGAGCACCGCGAUCAGACACAAAGCGACCGGGAGCGGAGUCACGCUUAUCAAAGAAGAGGAGUUCUAAAGACAAAUUAGAUGCUAAGCAGGAAUCACAAGAUGACUGGACAUCGAAAUUGCCUUCUGUGCCCAGUUUGCAACAUUUGAAUCCAAAAGAUAUCUACGUAGCAUCCUUCUUCUCCACCCAUCGACCAGUCUCUAUAACAGGUCCAGUUCCUAUCGAGACAUCCAUCGAGGCCAUCGACAGGAUCUUCCAACCGAAGCCCAAGUCAAAACCACGCAUCGCCCCUCAAGAAGUCAUCUACACCCUCUCAUCUGCCGUCGAAAGUCUUGAUGAGCAGCUCGCAAGGAAGCGAACUGAUCACCAUAACCAGGGCGCAGAGCAAAAGGCGGCAAUCAUCAAAGCACUUAUGCAGCGCAACGAAAAUGCCGCCGAUCCUAGUCGGACGCACCAUCUAGACGGUGCACCACAAACGAUCAAUAUUGCUGGCGGCAACGUGAAGCUCGUCAUACAAGAGUUUGCAAGACGAUUCAGACCGUUCAAUGUCCCUCCUGCCCCUACACCUAUCAGCGACGCUGAAAUCGAUGCAGCUGAAGCCGAAGCCGGCGAAGAAAUGCAAGCCCAGACUCUAGAGGUGGAGAUUCGAAAUCAAGACCAAGACCCAUACGUUCAGCAUGUCGUCUUCAACGUGCCCGAGAACCGAGCCGUCGACAAUGAAGGCUUCUUCACCAGUCACGGCGCGCCGAUGAUGGAAAUCGAAGAUGCAACCGGACGACAAAUUCAAGAGCAGAUGGGUGGCAGACGUCUUGGCCACCGAAGACGGCCAGCAAUGUAUACCAUCAGCGUCAAGAGACAGAGGCGGCUGAAGAUGAAGAAGCACAAAUACAGGAAGUUGAUGCGCAAGACACGAAAUGCAAGGCGGAGGUUGGGUCAGAUAUAACCAUGGUGCAUAUUGGCUUUUCGUACUUGCAUGGGAUUGCAUUAGACGCAUAUGGCUAGAGAGUCGAGCCGUGUUGGACCUGGACGAGCUACUCCGUAAGGCGAGAUAAGAUCUCGGUCUCACUACAUUUUCAUGGCGUUUGAAGCGGGUUCGCAAUUGGCAAGCAUGCUGCUUAUCAGCUCGUGUUUGUUCGAAGCAGCGUACACAUUCCAUCUCUUCAGCUACUGGCAAUCAACACUGAAAGAUCAGUCUUCAUCCUGAAAUAUAUCUUCACUCUCUAUUUCCGACAACUGCUUGCGACGCUUGUGGCAUCCUCCCAUGGUGUUUUCCUUGCAAGGUUCAGUCAAAAUCUGGAGGACCAGAUAGAUGACCGAUAUCUACCCAGGUAUAGACAUUCCUAGCAUAAUAUAUGGGUGUCCCAAGUUUCGUUCCUCAGAACCACUAACUAUGGACUGGAGUUUGAUGGACGCUAAGAGACGAACGCAGUGCACG